AUGUCAAAACUUCCCACCCCGUCCGAAAUUCUCGGACAAUCAUUUCACUUCCUUCCUCAAGAAUCCCAACUUCUCCUCAUAACAUCUGUCCUGGGUACUUCCCCUUCAUGGCUCACAUACAGUCUUCUCCAUCAUAGCCUUACAAACGGAGAAAACGUCGUAUUUGUUUCCUUUAUUAAUGAAUUUGCCUAUUUUAGAGAGGGCGGGAAGAGGCAUGGCCUUGACCUUCCAUCCCACCUCAAGAAGGGGACAUUGACGUUCAUAGAUGGCUUCUCAAGGCUAUUCCUUCCAUCUGCACCUUCGCAGGCACCAUCAUUACCUCCUACGGCUUCUGCUCCGCCCCGGGUAGGGGUGAUACCGUCUCGAGGAGGGCCGAUAACACCUCGACAGACACAGCAGCCACAAUCUGCAGCAACUUCUACAGACCCCAUAAAAUAUAUAUCACUAGGGCCAUCUCCAUCUCCGAGUGCUUUAAGACAGUUGGAUGUUAUAAAGUCGACAUUGCAGAAGCUUGGUUCGACUGGAGUGAAGCCAAAGUUAGUGAUUGAAGGAUUGGAAGUGCUAAUUGCUGCUGCGGGGGUGGAUGUGAGAGUGGUUGAGGAUUUGGUAUAUGACUUACGAGAGAUAUCCUCGACAACUACAAUCCUCCUCCCAUCGGACUCGGUACUGCUGCAGACAUCACCAUCUUCUACACCACUAGAGCUAUCGCAUGCAAAUUUGGUGAUAUCGCUGGGACAUACAGCAGAUGCUAUUUUAUCACUUAGACUACUAGAUACGGGAGUGGCAAAGGAUAUCAGUGGGGUACUGAAGGUCACCAGAGGUGCAGGCAAUUUGGGGGAAACGGGAGGGAUAGUGGAAGAAAAGGAGAUGCUGUUUUAUGAAAGCGAUGCUGGUGUUCGCAUUUUCGCAAGAGGCUCUGGAGGGCAUUAA